AUGGCCAGCAAUUCCUUCGGGGCCAACAUGCCCCAAUACAUGCAGCCAUCACUGCCCGCCCUCGGCCAGCAUCUGCAGUCCGAUACACACCUCACGGCUCAUCUCGCGAGCCGCUUCCACGCCCAUUUGCCGACUUCCACGCUUUCCUCCCACGCAUUAAUAUCUCUCAACACAUACACAGACGCCAGCCGAGGUCCCGAGGGUGGUAAGGAUGGCAGUGCCCAGCAGGCCGCCGAAGACAUGGCGCAACGGGCCUACAUGAGGCUGGGUCUGCGCUCCGAAGAUCAAGCGGUUGUCUUCUUGGGCGAGUCGGGUGCUGGCAAAACCACCAUUCGCGGACACAUGCUGAGGGCCUUCCUCUCAUACUCCGCAACCCCACUUUCCAAGAAGAUUGAACACGCAAACUUCAUUUUCGAUGCUUUUACCACUACCAAGUCAACUACGACUCCUUCGGCCUCCAAAGCCGGCCUGCUGCUCGAGCUGCAGUACAAGACGGCGACUUCGCACCAUGCAACCCUCAUCGGCGCCCAGUUCCUGGCACAUCGACUGGAGCGUAGCCGCAUCGCGUCGGUUCCGACCGGCGAACGUAGCUACCACAUUCUUUACUACCUCCUCCAAGGUACCAGCCUCGCUGAGAAGAAGCAUCUGGGCCUGGACAUGAUCGGUGAUGGUGUCGGUAACCGCGCCUCACUCACGGCCAACAAGCGAUGGCGUUAUCUGGGUCACCCCUCGCAGCUCAAAGUAGGCAUUGACGAUACACGAGGCUUCCAGGAUUUCAAAACUGCGUUGCGUAGGCUCGAGUUCUCCAAGCACGACAUUGCUGGUAUCUGCGAAGUCAUGGCCAUCAUCCUCCACAUCGGCCAGUUGGAGUUUGAGAGUGGCCAGUCUACUACCCCCACAGCGGACGACAGCGGAGGCUACUCGCAUGAAGGUGGCGAAACCAUCACCAUGGUCAAGAACAAAGAGGCAUUGGAGCCCAUUGCCCGUUUCCUCCAGGUUACCAUGACUGAGCUCGAGCAGAGCCUGCGGUGGAAGACCAAAACACUCUACCGUGAGCGUGUUACCGUCAUGCUUGAUCCGAAGGGUGCUCGAGCAAACGCCGACGAAAUGGCACGCACUCUAUACUCGUUGCUGGUUGCUUAUGUCAUGGAACAGGUCAACGCCAGAAUAGCCGCGGUCCCUGAUGAGGUCAACAAUUCCGUUUCUCUGGUCGACUUCCCAGGCUUCGCUCCUUACUCGGGUACCGGAUGCAAUCUUGACCAGCUACUCAACAACUCUGCCAAUGAGUUCCUGCACAACUACUAUACACAGACCUUCUUCGACCGCCAAAUGAGGGAAAUAGAGCAGGAAGAGAUCAAUUUGCCCCAGAUCCAGUACUGGGAUAACUCUGAGGCCAAGACAGGUCUCUUGAAGUCAGGGAACGGACUUCUCAGCAUCCUUGAUGAUCAGACACGCCGCGACAAGACCCAUAUGCAGUUCCUCGAGGCUAUUCGCAAACGAUUCCAUGGCAAGAAUGCUGCUAUCGAGCCUGGCAGUCUCAACGUUACUCAACCUGGCAGCAACUUCCCAACACCCAACACAUCUGUCACUUUCACGGUGCGUCAUUUCGCGGGCGAGGUCGAAUACAAUGCGGAGAACUUCAUGGAGGAGAACGCUGAGAUUAUUUCGGGCGACAUGAUGAACCUUCUCAAAUCAUCUCAAAGCUCUUUCAUCCAAGAACUUUUCGGACAAGAAGCUCUGAAGAAGGUGACGCACCAGAAGGAUAGAUCGGCCAUUAUGCAAGCUACUGUCAGCUCCAAACCCAUGAGGAUGCCCAGCAUGGCACGCCGUAAAACAGAGAAAGGUGGCCGAAUGGGUCGUCCUGUCAACGUUUUUGAUGAAGAUGCGAUGAGCGAUGCCGACAGCACAGUGUCGGGAUCCAAGAAGGGUGACUCUGCGAAGCAGACUGGUGCGGCUGGGCAAUUCCUGAGCUCUCUCAAAACGAUCGAGUCCUCAUUGCGCAAGGCCAAUCCAUACUUCGUACUUUGUCUGAAGCCUAACGACAGAAGGAUUGCCAAUCAGUUCGACAGCAAAUGCGUUCGGAUACAAGUUCAGUCGUUGAACAUCGCCGAGGUUAGCCAACGACUCCAUGUGGCCGAUUUCAGCAUCUUUUUGCCGUUCGCCGAAUUCCUUGGUCUUGCUGAGCUGGACAGGUCUCUUGGUAGCGAGCGGGAACGGGCAGAGACUGUGCUCGACAGCAAGCCUUGGCGUGAGACAGAGGUGCGGGUUGGCACAACAGGUGUGUUCCUGAGCGAGCGGUGUUGGUCUGAAAUUGCCAACAUUGGCGAUAUUUCACCUCCAGCUCGUGGCCUAUCUGUUGGGGACGAUGCUCUGACCCCUGAUGCGCCUCGUUCCUAUGGCGUGAACGAUUCUAGGUCCGGUCUGCUUGCGCCUUCCCCAGGCGGCUACUACAACGACAAGGGUGGUAGCUACUUUGGCAGCAAGGAUAUCGACGCCAGGUCUGAGGCUGCGUCUGCUAUCACCAGCGGAGGCGACAUGUUCCACGGCCUAGAGCAGCCCAAAAUGCUCGACGAAAAAGCGGAGUCGAAAGCGCUUGAAGAAGUCGACACCCAGCCUGUCUCCGGUAGCCGCAAGCGCUGGUUGUUUACGGUUUAUGCUCUCACUUGGUUCGUUCCUGACAUCUUGAUCAAAUGGGUCGGAAGAAUCAAGCGAAAAGACGUUCGCAUCGCUUGGCGAGAGAAGUUCGCUAUCAAUCUGCUCAUCUGGCUCUCUUGCUCUUUCGUCAUUUUCUUCAUGGUCGGCUUCCCGAGGCUUAUUUGUCCUACCCAGCAUGUCUACUCAACCGCCGAAUUGACCUCGUACAAUGGAAAGGACGACAACGACGCUUACAUUGCUAUUCGUGGCAUUGUCUAUGACCUCGGAAAGUUCAUGCCAGCUCACUACCCUUCCAUUAUUCCCGAUUCCUCCCUUGAGAAAUAUGCGGGGAAGGAUGCGACCAACCUCUUCCCAGUCGAUGUGUCUGCACUCUGCAAUGGCGUCGACGGCUCCGUGCAUCCCGGUCUCAAACUCGAUUUCAGAACCUCCAAUUACACCCAGCAGAGUAAUCUCGUUUCCAGCACCGAUCUUAAUGCCAAAUUUCAUGAUUUCAGAGCAUUCUGGAACGACUCCCGUCCUGACUGGUGGUUCGAGCAACAGGUCUUCCUCAAGUCCAACUACAUGAAGGGACGGGUUGGCUUCAGCCCACAGUACCUCAGCACUUUGACCAAGUCUGGAAAAUCCAUUGCUUACAUGUACGGCAAAGUGUAUGACUUCACGGACUACAUCGUGGGUGGACGUUCAAUUCAAUCCAAAGACAACGGCGAGAAAUGGCCUAGCAACUACAACACCAAUACCGACUUUAUGGACGCGUCUUUGGUUGACAUUUUCAGAGUGCAAUCUGGAUCCGACGUGAGCAAGUACUGGGAAGGACUCAGUCUAAGCGCCGACGAGAGGAAGACGAUGAAGAUCUGCAUGGACAACCUCUUUUACGUCGGAGACCUCGACACACGGAGCUCUGCCAAGUGUGAAUUCGCGAAGUACUUUAUGCUGGCUAUUUCGCUUCUCCUCGUUAGUGUCAUCGGAUUCAAAUUCUUUGCCGCACUCCAAUUCGGAAGGAAGAGCGUACCGGAAAACAUUGACAAGUUCAUCAUCUGUACUGUUCCUGCGUACACCGAGGACGAGGAUUCUCUACGCCGUGCUAUCGACUCAGCUGCCCGGAUGAAGUACGAUGACAAGCGCAAACUUAUCGUCAUCGUCUGUGACGGCAUGAUCAUCGGACAAGGCAACGACAAACCCACCCCUCGCAUUGUACUCGACAUUCUGGGCGUAUCAGAAACUGUUGAUCCCGACCCUCUAAGCUUCGAGUCCCUUGGCGAAGGCCAAAAGCAGCACAACAUGGGCAAGUGUUAUUCUGGUCUGUACGAGGUGCAUGGCCACAUUGUGCCUUUCUUGGUGGUGGUCAAAGUCGGCAAACCGUCUGAAGUCUCGAAACCCGGUAACCGUGGAAAACGUGAUUCUCAGGUCAUGCUCAUGCGCUUCCUGAACAGGGUCCACUACAACCUUCCCAUGAGUCCUUUGGAGCUUGAAAUGCAUCACCAGGUCCGUAAUAUCAUCGGUGUCAACCCCACAUUCUACGAGUUCAUUCUGCAGAUCGACGCAGACACAGUUGUCGCUCCGGACUCAGCCACCCGCUUUGUUGCCGCUUUCCUUCACGAUACCCGUCUGAUUGGUGUGUGUGGAGAAACGUCUCUCACCAACGCGAAGCACUCUUUUGUCACCAUGAUGCAGGUCUACGAAUACUUCAUUUCGCACAAUCUCACCAAGGCCUUCGAAAGCUUGUUUGGUUGCGUCACAUGUCUUCCUGGUUGUUUCUCUAUGUACCGCAUCCGAGCCGCCGAGACCGGAAAGCCUCUCUUUGUUAGCAAGGAAGUUCUAGAAGCGUAUCAGGAAAUCCGUGUCGAUACCCUGCAUAUGAAGAACUUGCUGCAUCUAGGAGAGGACCGAUACUUGACUACGUUGCUCCUCAAGUUCCACUCCAAGUACAAGACCAAGUAUCUCUUCCGAGCUCAUGCCUGGACUGUUGCCCCCGAUAGCUGGGCAGUUUUCAUGUCCCAACGUCGUCGCUGGAUCAACUCUACGGUGCACAACCUGCUCGAGCUCAUUCCGCUGCAGCAACUUUGUGGAUUCUGUUGUUUCAGUAUGCGCUUCGUCGUCUUCUUGGAUUUGAUAUCGACGAUCGUCAUGCCUGUUACCGUCGCGUACAUUGCCUACCUCAUUUACCAGCUCAUUGACUCCCCAGGCGUCGUUCCCAUGACGGCCUUCAUCCUGCUGGGCGCCGUUUAUGGUCUCCAGGCUAUCAUCUUCGUCAUCCGUCGCAAAUGGGAAAUGAUUGGUUGGAUGAUCAUUUACAUUCUUGCCACUCCGGUAUUCUCCUUCGGCCUUCCGCUUUAUGCCUUCUGGCACAUGGACGAUUUCUCCUGGGGUAAUACUCGUAUCGUCACGGGUGAAAAGGGUCAGAAGGUGGUCGUGUCCGACGAGGGCAAGUUUGACCCCUCCAGCAUCCCGAAGAAGAAGUGGGACGAGUAUCAAGCCGAGAUGUGGGAGCAGCACACGAUGCGCGAUGAUCGAUCCGAGAUAUCUGCUUUCUCGUACGGUACCAAGCGUUUCAUGGGUAUGAACGGUAGCGGUUCCGUCGCCGGAUCUGAAUACGGAGGUAUGCCGCCGUCUCGACCAAUGUCCCACCUCAACCUACCCUAUGCCAACAACUCCCGAAUGAGUCUUGCCCCUAGCGGCUAUGGAGGUUAUGACAACAGCGUCGAGAUGGGCAACCUUCUGGGCAUGCCAUCCGAUGAUGCAGUGCUGGCUGAAAUUCGCGAAAUUCUUGCGUCCUCUGACCUCAUGACGGUGACCAAGAAGCAGAUCAAGCUGGAGUUGGAGAAGAGGUUUGGAAUGGAUCUCACGCCGAAGAAGGCCUUCAUCUCCAGCGCCGUGGAGUCGCUUCUUGUGGGUCAAACGCAGUAG